AUGAUCGGGUGGCGCAUACUCGCUGCCGCCGGGCGGCCGAAGGGCAUCGGUCGCUGCACCUGGCUGCUGCUGCUCAGACCCUUCGCCCUCCAGGCCCCUGCCUCUCCCAGCGCGACAGCUGCUCUCCUCCGCGACGCCCCGCGCCGCAGGCUCCCGGCGCCGGCGCCCGGCGAGCAGCACGCGUCAGCAGCUGCCUGCGGCGGCCCUGGCAGCGGCACGGAGGCGAGGCCCGCAGCGCGGGAGUGGCACGGCGGGCCUCUCGUGGGAAGCGCGUGCGCGCACGUCACCACCCUGCACGGCCGGCACGCCAACCGUUGGGCAGUGCACGUGGCCUCCACCGGCACGCUGUGCGUGCGAGGCGUGCCGCGCAUCGAGCCGCAGGCGCCCUCCGCGCCCUCGGGCACCAUCGUCGCGGCCCCAGCGCACGACGGGCGCCAGCUGCCCGAAGUUGGACAUCGCAUAUGGGGGAGCACCGGCUCGGCCCUGGCAUCCACGACCGGGGCGCGGCGCAUCGGGAACGCCUUGGCCGGGCGGCAGCGCGGCGGCUCCCGCGCAGCGGCUCUCGGCGCCGCCGCCGUGGCGGGUGCCGCUGCGGCCACGGUGUUCUGCUUGCCUUGCGCGCAGACCUCGGCGGCUCGCCUCUGGACGGUCGAGGUGCUUGCGCCGGGCGGAGACGGCCUGGCGUUCCCCGAGGAGCUCCGCGGCGCGCUCGAGGGCCUCGGCCUGAGGCUGGAGCCCGAGCAGCUCGCGGCCCUGGCCGCGCGGCUGGGCCCCGACCGCAGCGGCAAGGUGGGCCUGAAGGAGCUCGAGAAGGCCAUGCGGCAGGCGGAGAGGCAGUCCGCGGCGGCGACCUCGCCGAAGCCCGUCGGGGCCCAGAAGCCCCCCAGGGUCGCCCUGAAGAAGGAGGACAAGGAGGAGUUCCGGCAGGAGAAUCUUCGGCCUCUUCAAGCAGCUGUGCCAGGCCGGGGGGCCCGACGAGCCCGAGCUCGUGGACUGGGACGAGAGCGGGGACAUCGGCGUGGACGAGCUGGAGCAGCUGUUGGAGACAGUGGGCCUGAACCUUAA